AUGACCGACUUCGCCGGUGUCGCCUCGUCAGGGGUCCAGGCCUGUUCCGCCAUCGCGACCUACAUCAGCUCUCUCAAGCAUCGAGAUGAGGAUCUCGCUUCUAUCAACCGACAGGCGCAAGCCCUGGAGUCCGUGUUUCGGGUUCUCAGUCAGUCCCUAGCACAGGACUCCUUGGAUCCUUCGACAUCUUCAGCUGCUGCUCACGUUUCAAGCUCUAUGCAGACGUGCGAAGCUGAGCUCAGCAGCUUAAAGCAGCUGAUAGCACGCUUCUCGGAUAACCUCCCACCCAAUGCGCGCCCGCAAGACAAGAUGCUACAACAAGCUACAAAGUUGAAGUAUCCGCUGCGGAAGCCAGAUAUAGAUCGGUUUCAAGAGUCACUCGGGGUGAUCAAAGAGAACCUCAAUCUAGCUCUCCAAAACCUCGGGCUGCGUUACAGCCAGUUGGCAAUAAGCAAAUUGAGCGAACUUCAAGAAGCAUCUGGGCAGGCAUCACUCAGCCUUGAUGCACUUGUCUCCAAUGUCUCCGCACUGAGGGAUCUUGUUUCUCCUAUUCAAAAGCAAAUGUCUACGAUGCAGGACCUUGUUGAAUCAAUACCGCCUCUCAUCAGCAUGAAAGCGGAUUUGCAGCUCGCUCAAGUCCAAGAGCUCUAUCGGCAGAGUACGCAGUCAAACGAUGCCCUCAGCGGAAGUGUGAGCGGCUUGCAUGCAAAACUAGACGGCUUAGUGGAUCGAUUCCAACAUGGCUUAACAGCAGUGUCAGCAGUGACUGAUGAGCCCGAUCCCCUAAUCUCCGUCUACAGGCUCGUCUCUAAGCAAAGUAACUUGGCGUUGCUGUGUGACAGCCUGAAUAAUCUUAAUGCAACUCCCACCAUCAACCCCCUCCAAAAAGCCCCAACGGUCAAGGCGAGCUCGUGUCCUUGUCGCCAGCGAUCAAUUUACAGGAGUAAGCGAGUCUCGUGGUGGUCAUGGACCUUUUGGGACGCCGAAGUACUCAUGUUUGAGCACUACAAAGGCUGCAAGUACUUCAGAAAAUCUGGUCAUGGGCGGAGCCGGCUCCGACGCCUGAAGCUCGCGGGCUUUCUGAAAACCGCCAUCAUCAUCACCUUUUACACGACUACUGGCGCAGCUCAGUGGGAACGGCUUGCUCUCGCAGCAAUUCGGAAGCUUGAAACUCUCUUCAGAUUGGGUAAAGCGGACGCGAAGGAUGUUGACUCGGACAACCGAUCUCUACUCCAUGCCGCAGCUGAGGUGUCUCGAGGACAUGAUACUUGGCUCCAUAACACUGAAGACGCCUUUUCCUCACCCAUCGCACAAGUGGCUGGAUUUCUUGUUAAGAUGCAGGUACCGGCAUCGCUGCGAGACUUGCGCGGAAACCAGGCAUUCGGGAUUGCGAUGCAUUCGAUACACUUUUCAGUGCCUCUCGCCGCAGCGUUCUACCCAGAAGAUGCAGCCAUCGAUGCUAUAAAGGGACAAGUUUGGAUUGUCUUUGGGGAAAAACCGCAGUGGCUCAACCAUUGUUUGGAAUUCUUUACUACAAUCCCAAGAGUAGCUGAAUUAUAUCACGAUCCUCUAUCAGCGGCGGUCUUGUUAAACGAUCAAGAUCAAACCCACCGUCUUGUACGAAAGCAUCCAGAAUACCUUGAUGAAAUAGGGUACUUUUCGGGUUGGACUCCUCUUCACAUGGCCCUGAACAAUCCAGACUUCGGGGACCAAACGCUUGCCUCUGCCUCGAAGCAUUGCAGAGUCUACUUGGCUAAGUCGCUAUUGCAACGUCGCCAGAGGUUGAAAUCUAUUGCGCUACAAUACCUUUCGCCUCGAGAAAUCAACGGCUUCAAUUUGCGCCGGCCGGCCGUACUUGACAUAUAUGCUAUGCAAGUUGAUGAAAUUCUUCGCCACAGAGGAUAUAUUGAAUUUGGCCCUUUGUCCACAUAUUUCGAGAGAGAAUCAACGUUCAAUGACAACGGGUCCAUCUAUCAUGAACUAUCCACCGUCGAAGAUGCUGAGAUCUACUUCGGCCUGGGGUUCCACGAUAUGUCAGCUCGCCUGGACAAGCCUAUGGAGUCGAGGCCAACUUCUUAUGAGUGGUACCUUGAUAUGAGCCUACCCUUUGUAAAAUGGUUGCUGGAUCAUGAUGCUCCUCUUUACGAAUGGGCAGUGCUUUGGGGUAUUUCCGGGAACGGCCGUAUUGCAGAUGCGUUCAUACUCGCAAUUUUGUGUGGCUGCGGCGCAGGGAACAGAUGUGCAGAGGAAAGCGAUGAAGAGGUGGCGCGUGUGCUUGAAGAGCGAAUGUUAUCCGACCGCUCGGUCGAUGGCUGCCACUGCCUAUGCUCGCCCGGAGGUUGCACCCCGUUUGUGGAAAGGAUGAAGGAAAUGGGGUUGCGGAAUGACGAACUCGAGAUCGCCGCCCGAUUUACUGCGUAUUUAGAAGAGUACGGCAACGCUCUGCAAAGGGAGCACUAUCAGGCUGCGAUACGGUUUACCACCUUCCAAGCUCUCGGAAUCGCGCAUACAUGCAUACGUAUAUCUCAGCCGCGAUAUGUGCAUGAGCUGGUUGCAGAGGAGAUUGAAGAUAUUCAACAUGAGUAUGCCGAGCUAUCAGAGCUACUGGAGCUCUUGGUGGAGGAGUUUGAGGCCCACGCCUUCGAGGCCUUUGAUGCAGCUACGGAUGGACUUGAUAGUAUGAUUGCUUUUUGGGACGGCUACUGGGUUGACAGAAUGGGUGAUGCGAGCAAACCUGCUGCGGAAGAGCUGGGUGUUGUUUGGGUUCCUGAGCCUGACAUAACCCCCUUUGAGUGGCGAGGUUGGGAUUUUUAUUUCAGGUGUAUCGAAGAUAUUGAAUAG